AUGGUGUUUUUCUUUGGUAGUGGAUUCUUGGUAUUGAGUUGGUUGAUUUGGGAUUCUGAGCAACGAGCAGGUAACACUUUUCGUUCGGAUCGCAGACCGUUAAUUGCAGACCGUUAGAUAUAGACGGCUAGACGAAGACCGUUAUUUGCAGAGCGCUGUUUGCAGACCAUUGAACGCAGACCGUUAAUUGUAGACCGCUGUUUGCAGACCGUUAUUUGAAGAGUGAUGUUUGCAGACAGUUGAACGCAGACCGUUAAUCGCAGACCGCUGUUUGCAGACCGUUAUUUGAAGAGUGAUGUUUGCAGACAGUUGAACGCAGACCGUUAAUCGCAGACCGCUGUUUGCAGACCGUUGAACGCUGAUAGAAAACCACAAAAAUGCCCACCUAUCCAGAAUUUUUGCAGAAUGCGUUGCAAACUGUGAAGUCAUCUCAAUUCCCGGUGAAAUCAUCCCAAGAACCUACAACAAUUGUCGAUGCGAAAUCGAAUUUCACAAACAUCCCGAAAAUCGCAGCAACAUUCCUCUCAAAUGCAAACCGCAUUAUCGAAGUCUGAAAUUCCGUGAGAUUUCAUUUGGUACAGUAGUUCUUCAUAAAGCCGUGGUUCGAAGUUGUGCCGGAAUGGGCCAACGAGUUAUUGUAAAUCAAACAAAAUUUGAUGAAGAUGAAAGGCAUUUUUUAAUGGAAAGGUAUGUAGGUCAGAUUUACAGGCCAAAAACAUCUGUAAUUCAGGAAUAUCGUGAAACAUGAGCCUGUUGGAUUUCGGAACAAUAUCAUGCAUAUUUAUCGAAAACCAGACGGUCAUUUACGUUUCGGAUAA